AACAAUUCCACACCUCUUUUUUUGUUGCCCUUUUGCGUGCAGAGUAUGGGAGAAAAUUCGGGCAUGGAUCGGCUUUGGGAAUCACAUGAAUACACUCCUAAGUGCAAUAAAAUGGAUUUCCAAGAAACGCAGGGGAUCAACGUUGAAGGCCAAGGCAGGACGGCUUGCUUUUUGUGCAGCGGUUUACCAUAUUUGGCAAGCAAGGAACAACGUAAGAUUUGAUGAAGCCACGAGGACUGAGGAUGAUGUGGUCGCCAAGAUCAAACAUGUGGUGUAUAAAAUACUUUAUAGUAUUUACCCACAUGAUUUGGUGAACUUCUAAGCUAGG